AUGAACAAGCUUCGUGAUCUUCUUUCUGACUCUUCAUCACUCACUACAAAAGUACUUGCUCAGUUUGAUGCAAGUCUUUUAGAAGCAGUCAAGGAAGAUAAGGAUGCUGCUCUCGAGUUAUUUUCUGAUUAUCUUUUCUCAGAAAAUGCAAAAAACACAACACAGAUCUUUCUUGCUCAUGCAAAGAAAACAUUCGAUAAAGAAAACGCUUUAGACCAAUUUGUUGCAUUAACACAAGCAAAAAUCGAAAAAAGUUUUUGGAAUACACAAAAUCCAAACUAUUCAAGUGCAAUUAACUUAAUCAAUAUGUUCGGAAGUGAAUUAUUAUUCAACCAAAAUGAAAUUAAGUUCGUAGAUCAUUUCACAGCCAACAUUACAAAAAUACCAGCUGAUUCUGAAUCGAAUGCAUUCAAGAUUGUUGAAUUUUUCUUCUCAUACGCCAAGACUCCGAUCGAAAUCGAAGGCAAAUCCGAUGAAAUUUGUGAAAAAUCUUCAACUCAUUCGUAUUUAAUCGCAAAAAUACUCGAAAACAUCAAAAACAUUGAUUCAUUUGAUGCAGUUUUUGCACUUUUAAGGUGUUCAGCAUCAUUAUUCAAAGAUAUUUUCAAUGAUGAAAUUAUUGAAUCACUUUUUACUGAAAAAGACUCAAAAUUGAAGCAAUUUUUAACAGCACAUCUUCCACACCACAUGAUUGUCCUUCUUAUUUCCAUAAUCUCGCGUUCAAAUACCGAAGCAAUCGAUUAUUGUUACAAUGAAUCUAAGAAAUUGAUAUUAAAGAGCCACGAAAUCAUCGAGCGAGUCUUUGGCUUUACAGCUCUCAGUCAAAUUGUCAAGUUUGUCGCUUCAAAAGACGAUUUUCUUGAUUUAUUAGUUGAUUGCAUGUUCAGAGACAUUGAUUCGAACAACCACCUUAUUACAUCUACAAUCAAGACCAUCUUGAACAGUAUUUUCAAGACGAUGAAAGACGAUUUGCCACGAAUUUGCGCUCAUAUGAUGCAUAGAAUCGACCAUCUUGAUUGGAACGCCAAACUGAAGACAUGGUUAUUACCACAGUUACUUCCUUAUCUCGAUACCAAAGAUUUUGAUCCAACACAACUGAUUAUUAUCGCUCAGAAUUUAUCUGAUGCAACUUUUGUGACGAAAUGCAUUAGAUCGUAUGCCCAUUCUGAAGAAUCAUGUGAAAACAUCCUCCACGCCACCAUAAACUACGUCAAAAGCAUUCCGAUUGAGAAAGAUUUACCCUCAUUACGUCCUUUAUUCGAUCCUAUGUUCGACGUCAAUCCGAAAUUCGUUAAAAAGGCGUUUGACGAGUUCAAGGAGAUAAAGGAGACACAUACACGUGUCUGGCUGAUGUUUGAAGCAUCAAGAGCCAUUGUUAAGUCGAAAUGGGUUUUAAAUCAAACGGAAAUUUUCGAAAAUAUCAAGUUUGGACUUCAAAGUCUUAACUGGGAUAUUCGAGCAACAGCUUUUGAUAUCUUUAUGCUCGCGGGAAUGCCACAAAACCAAGAAGAAGCAAAUUUGGUUGUUGAUAACUUCGAAAACAUGCUUUAUAUGGAUAGUCCGAAGCAUUGUUCGAUGAUAACAUCAACAAUGAGUUGCGCAAUGGAAGGAUACAGUGCUGGAAAGAACAGAUUUAAAGUUGAUGAAAUAAUUAAACCGUUUUUGGCCAAAAUCUUGGAUAUUCUUGAUACCCAUAUGAUUCCAUCAUUCAUUACAAGUCACAAACAGUUCUGUUUGGACUUAAAUUCCUUAAUUAUUGCGAAAUUCCCAGAUCUUGAAACAGAUUCUCAUUUAUUAUCUCUCGGAUCACUUCUUUUGGAUAACUCAUUGACUAAGUCCGUAACAGAAGUCAUCAGAAAGAGAAUGACCCAGUCAGAAUCAACAGAAAAGUACUUCAAAGAAAUUAAGAACGAAAGAGUCCAAAAAAAUUUAUUCGCUCAGACAGAUGUCGCUGAGAAUGAGAACCUAAAGGUAAGAGAAGGACUCCCAGCUUCAGAACAAGAAUUCAAAGAAUAUCUUGCAAAAAUACCAAAGGAAGAAAUGUGGGAAAAGCAGGUACAGAUGCUCUCAGACAUCAACGAAUCCAUUCGUGUACUCAAACACGUCAUUUCCGUUGAAACAAUUAAAGAAUCCGCUGAUCAAAUUUUCGAAUUAUUGGUAAACACAAGGAAAUUGGGAGUCGCGUGCCAAGGACAAGAAGGUUUACAGUACAUUGUUGAAUGUUUACCACCUAAAGAACUCACAGAAAUUUGCGAUAAAUGGACUGACCAAAUUAUUUCAAUUUUAGGCGGAUUUGAUAUGAAGAACAUGCGUAGAAGUGCUGCAUUACCUUUAAUAGCACUCACUAUCAUCAGAGUUCAAACUUCUGACGUAAUGAAAAUGAAUGGAUCGAAAUAUCAGAAGCUUAUUGAAGCUCUGAUCUCUUCAAUCAAGACAACAGAGAACUGUACUGAGGCUACAAAUGCUUUAAACGUUUGCAGAGCUGUUUUGACCGAUAAAGCAACAUCAAUCCACGGAGAUUCGAUUGUUCCUUACGUCAUGGAAGCCAUUCUUGAUGUUCUAAGGAGAUUAGGCGGUUGGGAGGUUGUCGCUGCUGGAAACCUCUGUUUAUCCGCAGUAAUCAGAAAACUGACAAAAAUCGGAACUUUACAAAAUGGCAAAUAUUUGACACUUGAACAAUUUUUUGCCAAAAUGUCAAAAGUUAGGGAUUCUAUGAUAUCCAGUCUACAAGCUAACAAGCACUCUGUUUAUGUUGCAUUGACAAUUUUGACUCAAUUCGAAGCAUCAGAAACUGACGAAGAAUUACAAAAAUUAUCAUUGAAACACAUCGGAGAUAGAGAUUGCAGACUUCGUCGUGCAGCCGCUCGUGCAUGCUACAUGUGUACAUCUCGUAAUGACAGACUUAUUUUGUUCAAAGAGUUAAUUAACUCACUUUACAACAGGGAAUCGAUUGUUUCGAUUCAAUCUUAUAACACAUUGCAUGGUGUGUUCGAUUUAAUGCGUGAGAUCGUAUCAGAUGAAGGUUUCGUUUAUGAAGAUGAAUUUCCAACUUUAGAUUUCAAGAAGAUUCCACCUUUCAUAUGGUCAGACAUCAUAAUUGUUAUGCAGAAGCUUAAAUUAACUAUCCCAGAUGUCACAGACUUCACAGAUAAUGAGUUUACAUUUGAUGAGUCUUCAUUAGCAUCAUUAUCAUCGUCAUCAUCAACAUAUUCACAGAGGAUGAUGACUGCUAUCAGUCUUAGAAACUCUUAUUAUCCAAAGGACUUCCCAGAAAAUGUAAUUAAAGUCGUAUUAGGAAAAUCCGCACUUCAAUCCGUCCAAAACACAUGCUUAUCAUUUGCAGUACAAAGAAUACAGAACAACCACAAUAUUAACUCAGACCCUCUCAUAGAAAUGAUCAAGAAUGAAGACAGACCAAUGAUUUUGGCCGAUCUAAUUUCACUUUUAUCGUCUUCUGAAAAAAUACCAAAGUCAGUCAUUGGUCUUAAUGAAAAAUUUGAACAGUUAUCAUUUAUAUUAUCAGAAGCUAUGACUCCUGUUCAUAUUUCCAUCGCAAAAUUGCUUCCAAAGAUUAUUAAUUUGGAUACAAGGUUUGCAUUAAGUGCAUUACGUCUAGCGAUCGAUGAAAUACCAGCAGUAAGAGUUCCUGCAUCUUCUGCUCUUUCAGAUUUCGUUGGCUCUGAAAAUAAAAUUUCAGAAAUUUCUUCUUUCAGAUUAGCAGCAAAAAAAAUUUCUGAAAUGGACAGUUCAGUUGUUGCUAGAGGUUGCCUCAAAUGGGCAUCUCUUGUUGAUGAAAAGAGCAGAACUGACACUCAUGGAGAACAAUUAACAGUUUUAGUCGACGAAUUCUUCUUUGGAAGAGAAUUAUGCAAAGCUCUUCAAGUACAAAUACCAUUCUCUGAUAGACAAGCUGUUCCUCUCGUAGAAAUGAGAGAUAAAUACAAAUCUGCAAUAAUUUCUGAAGUAGAGAAGAAAUAUAUAAAUAAAGAUUAG